AUGUCAUUAUUCUACGUGGAUGUGACUAUACUUUCUAUUUUAAUUCUUCAUGUCAUUGAUUUUAGUUUUGAGGAGUCCCCAAGGCAUGAUGCAUAUGUGCCCAAGUUUGAAGCUGAACUAGCUCAGUUUUGUGAGAAAUUGGUGAUGGAUUUAGAUAGAAGAGUAAAGCGUGGGCGAGAACGCCUUGCUCAGGAGGUUGAACCUGCACCGGCACCUCCACUGUCAGCGGAAAAGUCUGAACAGUUGUCUGUUCUGGAGGAAAAGAUAAAGAACUUGCUGGAACAAGUUGAGACCCUUGGUGAAGCUGGAAAGGUGGAUGAAGCUGAAGCACUCAUGAGAAAGGUGGAUAUGCUUAAUUCUGAGAAGACAGCCUUGGCUCAACACCCUCAGAAUGAUAAAGUGUUGAUGCUUGCACAGGAGAAAAAAUUGGCACCCUGCGAGAUAUGUGGUUCAUUUCUUGUGGCCAAUGAUGCUUUAGAGAGGACUCAGUCUCAUGUUACAGGGAAGCAGCAUAUUGGUUAUGGCAUGGUCCGAGAUUUUAUCACUGAGUACAAGGAAACUAAGGAGAAGGCAAGAGAAGAAGAAAGGUUAGCAAGGGAGAAAGAAGCAGAAGAACGGAGGAAACAGAGGGAGAAGGAAAAUGAGAGUAGAAGGAGAAGUAAUUCAAGUGAUAGGGACAGGUAUCGUGAUAGGGAUCAUGACAGGGAGUGGGACAGAUAUCAAGAACGCGAUUCAGAUCGUGAAAGGUCUAGAGAGUGGAAUGGCAGAGGUAGUCGGGAUGGAGGGAGAGGGGCGGAUUGGAGGUCCAGGAAUGGAAGAGAUGGGGGCAGGUCACGUUCCCUGUUAGACAUGUUGGCGUGGGUCCUAAUUUAG